AUGGAGGUGCAGUUCAUCUUAGAUGACAGCGACCGCCAUAAGCCCAAAGCCAAAGACGUGAAGUACCGCGUCUCGGAAACAAGCUACAUGGAUGCGUGCAUGUAUGUUGUUGCGCGGAAUGUGUACAGACAUAGAUUCUGCCUCGUCGCCGCGUGGAUUGUUGCAACACUGAUCUUCACCGUUCCAGCAUUGGUGCUGGUGCUGCGACGCACCGUGGCCGAGCUGCAAACAGCGCCCAAGAUGCAGCCGGAGCCUACAGAACGGGACUGCCCCAAGGUUGGUAUGGACAAGACACCUCCGGCCGGCACGCAGAGCGCGGCAGCUAUGGAAGUGCUUGACUCGCAAUUUCACAGUGCAUCUACGAAGCGGCUGGAGAUGGUGGUGAUGAAGUGCAAAACCUGGUGUGUCGAUGUGCAAAGCAACAGCGUGGCAGAAGUCUACGCCGAGCAGAUCAAAGAUCGAGUUUUGAGAUUCGGCUACGAGCAUCCAGCCUCCGCGGCUUCUUUUCAAUCCUUCUUCGAUUUUGUUGGGCAUCACCAGCUUUUGAAUCCCUUCAAGUCCAAAGAUCAUCAGAGCAUUAUGCUGAUGUGGACGUGGUCAAUUCCAGUUCAGCUGAAACAGCACGCAGAAGACUUCGUUGUGCAACUACGUGAAUUUAUCCAGUCUAUAGAUGAGUUCGGCGGUGAAGGUGCGAUGGAAGUCAAGCUGACAGGUAAUAUCAUUUUGGACCAUGAAAUGAAAGUCUCCAUCUUGGACUUCGUGCUGCACGAAAUCAAGACUGUUGGGCUUCCGAUUCUUAUUCUUGGAUAUGUGUUAAGAAGUGCAAGACUGCUUCUGCUGGCACUGACACCCAUGUUAUUCGAGAUCAUUGUCGGUUUUGGAUUUAUGUACUUCGUAUCCUGUGCGGGGAUGACGAUCAGUUACUACGCGCUUAUGAUCAUGUUGAUGCUAAUCAUGGCGCUAUCUUGGGAUUAUGCCCUUUUCAUGCUGACUCGCUACAAGACUGAGCGGGAAGCUGGUGCAUCGGUCGAGGAGGCUGUUAUACAGAUGGUAGCGACCAGUGGCAGCAUCGUCGUUGUAUCAGGCGUUGUUCUGUCAAUUUGCUGGUCAGUGAUGCUCGGUCUACCCGAUAUGUUCAAAACAUUUGGAAUAGCUGCCGCAUCUGCAAUCAUGGUUUGUGUCUUAGCUCAGCUCACAUUCGUGGCCCCGGUAUUGGCAAUUUUGCCGUGGCUGGGUCCAGAUGCCGGGGUGCCCACGGAGGUAGAGCCCUUGAGCCCAACAGGUGAAGCCAUGCGGCGCAUCGAACAGUUCCGCAAAGGGCCAUAUUACUGCCUCGGCAAGAUUCUCACGGCGUUUCCCUGCAAUCUCGUCGCCUUUGUGACUGUCUAUGGGCUCAUGAUGCCGUUAACUUCAAGAUUCCUUCAGAACUUCGAUGUUCUAAAUUUUAAAUUCACGGAAAUGGGCCACAGCUUCGAGAUGACAAUGCCUCGAGGCUCUCGGGCCUUCAACACCAGUCUUGAGAUCAUGCAGGACUUUGACUUCGAGAUGACUCUCAUGCCAAUCCUGAUAUUUGCCACCAACGCGGUGGAAUCCGAUGCACAAAGCGCUGGUACCAUUUCGGCGCCGCUUGUUAAUGAAGAUUUGUUCCAGCUGAACUGCGAGAUGAUUCGUGCGUUGAUAGCCAGAACGGAGGGAACUCCUUACGAACUGGGAGCGAAGAGUUUCCAAAGUCCAAGUGUCCCCAUCGACAAGAGCUACAUCCACUCCCCAUUGCCAUUCGCAAAAAGCAUGUUUAACGAAGUCUUCGGACAGCUUGUUUGCCCAAGCUUAAGUCAAAUGAACUUGGUGCGCAAGAGUUUCCUGGCCCGGAAUGUCUUCUUGACACAGACGUCGGAGCACCUAGACCUCAUGUGGGAAGAGAUGGUUCGCAAGAACGCAAUGUUGACGGUGCUCAACCCCGUCAUGGACCCGUUGGGACCGCAGGCCUUCAAGCUCGAGGCUCAGGUGGCACAGGUCUUGCAAGAGAUGCAGCUCCGUGGGCGUGCCACUAUCCCUCAGCUGCGGUACUUCAUGUUUUCACCUGCUUCUGUGGUCACCGACCUGAUCAAUGUCACGUCUUCAGCAUUGCCGACAUGCUUCUUGAUUUGCGUGCUCAUAUGUUUUUCGCUCAUUGCGCUGUGGUUCAAUGCUUUCCUGGUGCCCUUCAAGCUCUUUGUGACGGUGAUCGUUCCGAUCACCUGGACCUAUGGAGCAGCUUUCUUCGUUUACGAAGAUGGGAUCUUGGAACCUCUGGGCCUACCAGGACUUGCUCCCACCAGCAGGGAUGGUCUGGACUGGACGGUUCCGGUCUUCAGCCUGACAUUCCUUAUCGGUCUGGCUCUUGAUUAUGAUUUCUUCCUUUUCGAGCGGGUCUUUGAAUUCCGCAGCGAGGGAUUUGGAGAUCGCGAGUCAAUUCAGCUUGGUCUGUCUGCAACCGGCGGAACCAUCUCGGCUGCUGGACUGAUUCUGGGCCUCACUUUCCUGGCCUUGGUCCUGACGUCUGAGCUGCCAAUGAUGAAUCAGCAAGGCUUUGUGUUCGUGUUUAGCAUCGUGGUUGACACGUUCCUAGUCCGCACGCUUGUGGUCCCAGCAAUGCUGUCCAUGUCACCUUGGCUCAACUACUGGCCCAGGGAGAUGCCGGAGCCACAGUAUGAGUGGCUUGGGGAAGGAGAUGAAGCUGCACGGACGAAGCUUCGCAUGGCAAGCACUGCCAGUGCCGAAAGUAUCGCGGAGACCUGGCAUGUGGACACUCCGGUUGGCAAAAUCGAGGCAAAGCUCUCGGUUCCACUCGGUGAGAAAGCAAUGGCGAUCGUGCUUUUGAUUCACGGGAUGUCUGCGCAACCAGAGAUUGUGGCCACCUUAGUGAGGCCACGGCUCCAGCUUCAGGCGCUGCUUAUUUUUGCAGCUGUCGAAGACGGAGAUGUGGACGCGGCAAGUGAACUAACAGGCAGCCCUGCCGAUGCUGUGGCGGCUCUCGAGGCCAUUGCCGGCUGGAUGCAGGAGACGACAGGCCCUGCGCCGCUUUUCGUCUAUGGCAAAAGCUGGGGCGAUUUCCUGAGCACUCGAGCCGGAGCUCACAUGAGAUCCGUGAGGGCAGUGCCAGUUAAGUCCUUCGAACAGGUGGGGCGCGGGCUGUGGAGCUCUGUCAGCAGCUUCGCGAACAUGGGCGACCUGCUUCAGGGAUUUGCUUGGCGUGCCCUGCCCCGCCAGGUUUGCACGGUUCGGGGCGGCAAGUACGCCAAACAUUUGGAAGAGUGA